CAUUUUAGGGUUUUAGAUAUAAAUACUGAGCCCGCGAACCUCGUUUCUUAGUUAUCCCAUUUCGUCACUUACUCACACCAACACCUCACUGGCUCUCUCUCUCUCUCCAACACCUUACGCCGACUCUUCGAUGUUUCACGAACAGGACAUUGAAGAAAUAUCACAAGAAAAUGUGGAAUCUAUUGGCGAGAUAGAUCAAUUAUGGUUAGUUAAAAGGUGUGCUUCUAUGAUCCUUUCAAAUGAUUUUCCCUUUGAUUUUUUUGAGCGCGAGGGUAUGAGUAACUUCAUGAAGGUCUUAAAUCCAAAUGCUGUUAUGCCUCCUAUAAAUGUUAUUAAGGCUUAUGUCUCGGAUUUGUACACGAAAGCGAAACUCAAGCUUAAACAGGAUUUGGCUACCAUUCCUAAUAGGAUAUCUUUAACUGUUGAUCUGUGGGAAUCAUGCACUACCGAGACUUAUAUUUGUUUGACCGCUCAUUUUGCUGACGCGAAUUGGAAAUUAAAGAGUAAGGUUCUCACCUUCUGUACUGUUGAUCCCACUGGAGCUGAGAUGUGUGAGAGAAUGGUUGAGUUUUUGAGUGAUUGGGGAAUAGAGAAAAAGAUCUUCUCUCUCACUUUAGAUGAUUCAUCUGAGAAUGACAUUUUGCAAGAACUAUUGAAAACUCAACUUGGUUUGCAAAAUGGGUUGUUAUGUGAUGGGGAGUUCUUUCACGGGCAUUGUUAUGCACGUGUUUUAAAAUUGAUUGUUGAAGAGGGGUUGAAACUAGUUAGUGAUGCUGUGUCGAAAAUUAGACAGAGCAUCUUGUUUUUUAGGGAUUCAAAGAGUCGAAGGCAAAAAUUUAAGGAGUGCGUUGAAAAGGUUGGUGGUGUUGAUAGUUCAGUUCGCUUGCAUCUGGACAUGUCUAUGACUGUGAACUCAACUUAUUUGAUGCUUGAAAGUGCUCUUAAAUAUAGGUGUGUGUUUGAAAGUCUUCACUUGUAUGAUGAUAAUUAUGAGUUAUGUCCUUCGGUAGAAGAAUGGAAAAGAGUUGAAAAGAUUUGUGUGUUCUUGUUGCCUUUAAGGGAAACUGCUAACAUGAUUAAUGGCACAGCACAUCCUACUUCAAACAUGUAUUUUUUGCAAGUUUGGAAAGUUCAAUGUGUUUUAGCUGAUAGUUUGAGAGAUGAAGAUGAAGCUAUAAAGAGAAUGGCUGAAAGGAUGAUGAGCAAGUUUGAGAAAUAUUGGGAUGAGUAUAGUGUUGUUCUUGCAUUGGGAGCGGUUCUUGACCCACGGAUGAAGUUUUCUACAUUGGCUCAUUGUUACUCAAAACUUGAUGUUUCGGCCUGUGAAAGGAAGUUGCAAGAAGUAAAGAGUAAGUUGUACAUGCUAUUUGACAAGUAUUCUAGCAAAAGUAUUUCUUCUGGGGUGCAAAGAACUAUUCAGGACGAAUCUUCUAGCAUGCCAUUGCAAAAGAAAUUGAAGUCUUCAUCUCACGGCCUAUUUGAUGAAUUGAAAACUCACCAUGAGCAGCUUGUUACUGGAAAAUCCCAACUUGAUAUUUACUUAGCUGAGUCAAAUUUGGAUUUUCGUUGUUAUGAAGAUAUGGAUGUAUUACAGUGGUGGAAGAGUAAUAAUAAUCGAUUUCCAGAUCUUUCAAUAUUGGCUCGAGACUUGUUAAGUGUUCCCGUUAACACUAUCGCUUCUGAUUUGGAUUUUUGCAUAGGCUUGCACGUUUUUAACAAGUAUAAAGAUCGUAUGUUACCGAUGAAUUUGGAUGCUAGAUUUUGUACUCGCAAUUGGUUGUACAAUUUUGUUCGCGAUGUUGGAGAAGACGACGAUGACUUUGAAGAAAUAAUGAAUGAAACUGACAGUGAUGACUAAAUGGAGCAAGCAUCUAAUGGUUUUGAUUUUGAAGUCAAACGCCGGUGGUGAUGAUGGUUGAUUUGCUUGUAUCUAUUUAACUUCUGUUUAUGAUGUUUGUUUUUGUUUUUAUGGUUUAAAAAAUUUGAACUAUAUAAAGUUGUUAGGUUAUGGUUUGUUGACUUACCGGUGGAUUUUAUAUGUUUGUGAUUAUGGACUUGUUUUUGACGUGUACUAUGUGGAUUUGUUUACUUUUUAAUGUUGGAUGAAGUUAGUAUGUAAUUCCAUGUUUAAGGAAACAAGAUUAUGAUCAAAUUAUAAUUUUCUUUA